GCCGCGGGCCGGCGCUGUUCCGCCGCACGGCCAGGGACUACUACCUGUCCAAACGCUCCACCAGGCUCAUGUACCGCGACCGCUCGUCGGCGACGACGCACCAGUCCCGGUCCGUGGCAGCUUCUGCCGCCGCCGCCGGCGGCGGCAACAAGCGGCUGGAGCUGCAGAGCGUCGUGACUGACGCUAGCCGCGCCAUCGUCGUCGCGCCCAACACCUCUUUCGCCAGCAACGACGACAUCGUCAGCACCGCCACCACCGCCAUCACCGGCGCCGGUGGCCGAGGCGGCGGCGGCGGCGGCGGCUCCGGGAACAACGCCAUGGUGAAGUACAGAGACACGUACAUGUCCCGGGAAGUCUCCUUCUCGCGGGACAACCACGACAAGCUCUACGUUCCGGCGCGGCGAGGGGAGCGCGACGCGGCGAGCUUUGGCUACGACAUCAGCGUCACGUCCUACAGCCGGAGCCAGUACUACGACGGCGACGGCGACGACUACGACUUCGACUUGUACGACGACGACGACGACGACGACGACGGCGAGAUCGAGGUGAGGAUCGGGAAGCCUGUCAGCAUCGCCGGCCUGUUCAAGUACUCGGCGCCGCUGGACAUCGUCCUGCUCGUUCUUGGGUGUAUCGGCGCCAUGAUCAACGGUGGAUCUCUGCCCUGGUACUCGUACCUCUUCGGAAAUUUUAUCAACAAGGUUGUCAACAGCGACAAGCCGCAGAUGAUGAAGGACGUCAAGCAGAUCAGCUUUUACAUGUUGUUCCUUGCUGCCGCUGUUGUCAUAGGAGCGUAUCUUGAGAUCAUGUGCUGGAGGAUGAUCGGCGAGAGGUCGGCGCUCCGUAUCCGACGGGAGUACCUCAAGGCGGUGCUCAGGCAAGAGAUCGGCUUCUUCGACACGGAGGUGAGCACCGGCGAGGUCAUGCAGAGCAUCUCCAGUGAUGUCGCCCAAAUCCAGGACGUCAUGGGAGACAAGAUGGCAGGAUUUGUGCACCAUGUCUUCACCUUCAUCUUCGGCUACGUGGUGGGCUUCAUAAAAUCAUGGAAGAUUGCGCUCGCCGUCUUCGCCGCGACGCCGGUGAUGAUGUCGUGCGGCCUCGCCUACAAGGCCAUCUACGGCGGCCUCACCGCCAAGGACGAGGCGUCGUACAAGCGCGCCGGCAGCGUGGCGCAGCAGGCCAUCUUCUCGAUCCGGACGGUCCUCUCCUUCGUCAUGGAGGACCGUCUCGCCGACAGGUACGCCGAGUGGCUCAACAGGGCGGCUCCCAUCGGCAUCAAGCUAGGGUUCGCCAAGGGCGCCGGCAUGGGCGUCAUCUACCUGGUCACCUACUCUCAGUGGGCGCUGGCGCUGUGGCUCGGCUCGCGUCUGGUCGCCACCGGCGACAUCAAGGGCGGCGACGCCAUCGCCUGCUUCUUCGGCGUCAUGGUCGGAGGGAGAGGCCUGGCGCUGUCAUUGUCCUACUUCGCGCAGUUCGCGCAGGGCCGGGUGGCGGCGGGGCGGGUGUUCGAGAUCGUCGACCGGGUCCCGGACAUCGACGCCUACGGCGGCGCCGGCCGGUCGUUAUCGUCGGUGAGGGGCCGGAUCGAGUUCAAAGACGUGGAGUUCGCGUACCCGUCGCGGCCGGAGGCCAUGAUCCUCUACAACCUGAACCUGACCAUCCCGGCGUCCAAGAUGGUGGCGCUCGUCGGCGUCAGCGGCGGCGGCAAGUCCACCAUGUUCGCGCUCCUCGAGAGGUUCUACGACCCGACGCGGGGGAUCAUCACGCUCGACGGCCAUGACCUGUCGUCGCUCAACCUCCGGUGGCUUCGCUCCCAGAUGGGGUUGGUUGGGCAGGAGCCCGUCUUGUUCGCCACCUCCAUCGUCGAGAACGUGAUGAUGGGGAAGGAGAACGCGACGAGGCAGGAAGCCAUUGCCGCCUGCGCCAAGGCCAACGCGCACACCUUCGUCCUCGGCUUGCCGGACGGCUACGACACGCAGGUCGGCGACCGCGGGACGCAGCUGUCGGGGGGACAGAAGCAGCGCAUCGCCCUCGCCCGCGCCAUCAUCAGGGACCCACGCAUCCUGCUCCUCGACGAGCCCACCAGCGCGCUGGACGCCGAGUCCGAGGCCGUCGUGCAGCAGUCCAUCGAGCGCCUCUCCGUCGGCCGCACCGUCGUCGUCAUCGCGCACCGCCUCGCCACCGUCCGGAACGCCGACACCAUCGCCGUGCUCGACCGCGGCGCCGUCGUCGAGUCCGGACGCCACGACGACCUCGUUGCUCGGGGCGGCCCGUACGCUGCCCUCGUCAAGCUCGCGUCCGACAGCGGCAGGUCGUCGUCUGACGACGCCGCCUCCGGCGCCCCUGCCAGAAAAUCACCUGCCGCUGUCGGCGGCGGGACGGGGUACAACAGUUUCACCGACGACUCAGGCGUCUACGACGACGACAUUUUGUCGUCGGUAUCCAGGUCAAGGUACGGCGGCGGCGCUCGCCGGACGUUCCCACGAGAAGCAGAGGUGGAUAUUCGCGCAAAGACGACCAAGGACGACGACGACGCCGCCGCCGCCGGCGACAGCAAGGUCGUCAGUGUGUCAGAGAUCUGGAAGCUACAGCGGCAGGAAGGCCCACUGCUGAUCCUAGGCUUCCUGAUGGGCAUAAACGCCGGCGCGGUGUUCUCGGUGUUCCCGCUGCUGCUGGGACAAGCCGUGGCGGUGUACUUCGACGCCGACACCUCCAAGAUGAAACGACAGGUGGGUGCUCUAGCCAUGGCCAUGGUCGGUCUCGGCGUGGCGUGCAUCCUGGCGAUGACGGGACAACAGGGGCUGUGCGGCUGGGCAGGCGCCCGGCUGACGAUGCGCGUCCGGGACCGCCUGUUCCGCGCCAUCAUGCGGCAGGAGCCGGCGUGGUUCGACGAGGAAGACAACGCCAUGGGCAUCCUGGUGACGAGGCUGGCGCGCGACGCCGUCGCGUUCCGGUCCAUGUUCGGCGACAGGUACGCCGUGCUCCUCAUGGCCGUGGGCUCCGCCGGCGUGGGGCUCGGGAUAUGCUUCGCGCUGGACUGGCGGCUCACGCUCGUCGCCAUGGCCUGCACGCCGCUGACGCUCGGCGCCAGCUACCUGAACCUGCUCAUCAACGUCGGCGCCAAGACGGACGACGACGGCGCGUACGCGCGCGCCAGCAGCAUCGCCGCCGGCGCCGUCUCGAACGUGCGCACGGUGGCGGCGCUCUGCGCUCAGGGCAACAUCGUCGGAACCUUCAACCGUGCGCUGGACGUGCCCGUGUCGAAAGCUCGUCGGAGAUCGCAGGUCAUGGGCGUCAUCCUCGGCCUCUCCCAGGGCGCCAUGUACGGCGCCUACACGGUGACGCUCUGGGCCGGCGCUCUGUUCAUCAACAAGGACCAAUCCAAGUUCGGCGACGUGUCAAAGAUCUUCCUCAUCCUCGUGCUCAGCUCCUUCUCCGUCGGCCAGCUAGCCGGACUCGCCCCGGACACGUCCGGCGCGGCGGUGGCCAUCGCCGGGAUACUCUCCAUACUGAACCGACGUCCGACGAUCACCGACGACGGCAGCAGCGGCGGCAAGAGACGAACGAUCAAGGACGGGAAACCCAUGGACGUGGAGCUGAAGAGCGUCGUGUUCGCGUACCCGUCGCGGCCGGAGGUGAGGGUGCUGAACGAGUUCUCGGUGCGGGUGAAGGCCGGGAGCACGGUGGCGGUGGUCGGCGCAAGCGGGAGCGGCAAGUCGACGGUGGUGUGGAUGGUGCAGCGCUUCUACGACCCGGUGGACGGGAAAGUGAUGGUCGGCGGCAUCGACGUGCGGGAGCUGGACCUCAAAUGGCUCCGGGGAGAGUGUGCCAUGGUCGGUCAGGAGCCUGCUCUGUUCAGUGGUUCCAUCAGGGAGAACAUCGGCUUCGGCAAUGCAAAGGCUUCUUGGGCUGAAAUUGAAGAAGCUGCCAAGGAGGCCAAUAUUCACAAGUUUAUUGCUGGAUUACCACAAGGCUAUGAAACUCAGGUGGGAGAGAGUGGGGUCCAGUUGUCAGGAGGGCAGAAGCAGAGGAUAGCCAUCGCAAGAGCAAUCGUGAAGCAGUCGAGGAUUCUGCUUCUGGACGAAGCGAGCAGCGCGCUGGACUUGGAAUCCGAGAAGCAGGUGCAGGAGGCGCUGAGGAAAGUGGCACGGCGAGCGACGACGAUCGUGGUGGCGCACCGCCUGUCCACGAUCCGCGACGCCGACCGCGUCGCCGUCGUCAGCAACGGGAAGGUCGCCGAGUUCGGCAGCCACCAGGAGCUCCUGGCGACGCAUCGAGACGGCAUGUACGCCGCCAUGGUUAAGGCAGAGGUGGAAGCGCAGGCCUUCGCGUAGGAGAUGCCUACUCUGAUUUUAUUUCGAGGAUAUCAGACGUUAUUAUAUAUAUAGUAUGUAGUAUAAUGUUAUUAUGAUUAUGAUGAUGAUUAACUUUUUUUUUCUUCCUACAGCAAAGAGUAAUUAUUUAGGAAUGGGGGAUGUUGAUUAUAUUAUAUAUUAUAUGUCAAUAGAAUUUUUCAGGAA